UUGAAAUGCCACAAAGGCAGUUGAGCAGUUCGUGAUUGGGAAGCAGUUCCCCUAUUCCUCCCUCCCUCCAACCCAUCCCCAUCCUCCCUCCCUCAUGAUCCCUCCGCUCCACUAGUCGUAUCUCCCUCUCCUCGCCUCCCCUCUCUCCGCUCCUCGGCCGGCGGCCCCUCAAACCCUAGGCGCGAGCGCGAGCGCGAGCGCGGCGGAGAUGGAGCAGCACGUGCUGGUGGCGCUCGCCCUCUCCUUCGUCGGCGGCCUCAGCACCUCCCUCGGUGCGCUGCUCGUGAUCGUCAACCCUUCCCCUGACCUUAAGAGGCUCGGCCUCCUCCAGGGCUUUGCUGCUGGACUUAUGUUGAGCAUCUCGUUUCUAGACUUGGCACACAAUGCACUCAACUCCAUUGGCUUCUUGAAGGCUAACCUUUGGUUCUUUGCGGGAGUUCUUUUCUUUGGUUUCGUUGUCAAGUUUAUUCCAGAGCCAACCUUUGUCCCAACAACUGAUGCAAGCAAGAAAAAGCAGACUGAUGAUGACGGGUCAGGCAAAGAUAUGAUGAAAAAACAUCGCCGGCAAGUCUUAUUCAGUGGCAUCAUUACUGCUGUUGGAAUUAGCUUGCACAAUUUUCCUGAGGGAAUGGCAGUAUUUCUUGGAUCCGUGAAGGGUCUUCGCGUGGGAGUUAACUUGGCUAUCGCUAUUGCUUUACAUAACAUACCCGAGGGGGUUGCUGUAGCUCUGCCACUCUAUUUUGCUACCAAAAGCAAAUGGCAAGCAUUUAAAUAUGCAACACUCUCUGGUUUGGCUGAGCCACUAGGAGUAUUUUUUGUAGCUGUCUUGUUUCCGAGCAACUUAAAUCCUGAAAUUCUUGAAGGCCUACUUGCAUCAGUUGGUGGUGUUAUGGCUUUCCUCACUUUGCAUGAGUUGUUACCUCUAGCAUUUGACUAUGCUGGCCAGAAGCAAGCUGUCAAAGCAGUCUUUGUUGGCAUGGCCGUCAUGUCUGCGAGCUUGUAUUUCCUGGAGAUCAGCCUACCGAAGGAGAUCAGCUUGUGACAUAUGACUGCACCACUGCAACUAUACCAGCUGUUCAUAGUGUCUUCUGAAGCCCGAGAACUUUGCCACACGUCAACCUUUCUUUGUGCUCUGAAGGCAAGGACCAAGAAACAAGAUGGGAUUGCGUUCGCCAUGUGUAGCAUACACUAUUACUCCUCGUCAUUGUGUCUGACCGUUGUUUACUACUCCCUCCGUUCGAAAUUACUUGUCUUGAAAAUGGAUGUAUCUAGAACUAAAAUACAUCUAGAUACAUCCAUUUUCGCGACAAGUAAUUCCGAACGGAGGGAGUAGGAAAUACAGCAGUGUGGCGACCCAUAUGCGGUGGCUGGACAUCCCUCAUUUUGUUGUUUAAGAGAAUCAUAUGGGGUGACAGACACAACCGCUGGGUUUGCUGUCCAGUAAGAAGAUGCAACUAGAACUGAUUUGUGGCAUUCCGAUUCGACACUUUUAAAUACCUGCUCACAAUCAUGGCUCCAGACUGCAGUUGGUCCUGUUAACCCUUUU